UAUAGUUAUGGUAUACAUUAGACUACACAGUACAGUAGUUCAAAGUACUUAUAGGAGAUUUACAUUGCACAUUUCACAGUGUGUGCGUGAAGUCUGUUGAAUGCACACAGCGUAUUAUAACCUUUUAGACAGUUUCUAAGGAAGUUAAUGUCAAUAUUUCGGCAGCUGAAAACAUUUAUGUCCAGUCACUCACCUCUGGCUAAUAUUAGCAUGACGACAUUAGCAUUAGCUCGACGGACUGCACUGUUUUAAAUAGGUUCCGGCUACAUGUUAGCGUGCUAACAUUAGCAGUUAGCUAGGAGCUCCUGUGAGGUUCAAUAGCAAGCUAAACCGUUAGGCUAACCGAGCUGUUAACUACUUAGCAUUAAGCUCAAAUAUUCGAAUAGUUAAAUUUCAGAGCUUACAUUCGACGUUUAACUUUCUUAGUCAAUAGUUUUAUCGACGUUAAAUCCGAAUUUAACUCGAAUACUGUCGACUGAAACUGAGGCCUUAAGACUAGCAGAGCCAUUGUAAUGUUAUAUGUUAGCAUGCUAACGUUAGCUUUUUUUUUAGAAGGUGUACUUAGCGCGUUUUCAGGCUUUAUAUUAUCCUUAUUGGAGCGUUUAAUUGGUUUAUAGCUCACACAGUUCUUAAUUAAUCUGAGGCUGGUAUUUUUUAAAAACUCCAAUGUAAUUAAUUUUGCCUGUAGUAUUGAAAGCCAACAUUUGCACCUAAUAUUUAUUCAUAAAAUGUGAAAAAAUGAUAGUUUAACCUCUUUAAAUUAACUUUUCAAAGCGCAACUUCUAAAUUAUCAUAAAUGUCAAAUGUCUGUACGCUUUAAUAACAGAAAAACGACUAAAUUAUCUAAUAAUUAUGCAGAAAUUCGUUAUUUUAUUUUAGAUUUUCAAAAUAAAAUUAGCAGUUAGCUCAAAUACUAUGUUGGAAUAUUUUUAUAAGCUUUCCAACGAUUGCUUUUCGAGGUAGAAUAGUGGCAUUUGCAUUUAACUCUAAUUACUGUCAAUUUUACAGAUUAUUUUUUUAUUUUUUUAUAUUUUCUGCAACAAUAAUUUGCACUUUUUUUUUUUUUUUUUACAAUUAUGUGUAAAUUAUUAUUUUUUCAUUAGGAGCUAACAGAAAAUCUCAACUACUGUAAAAACCAGAAAAGCUACCAGUCCAGAUCAAGCUUUGAAUCACCAUGACCUGGAUGACUGAGCACCUUCGCAGAAAAGAGCCUCAGUUAAAGGUAAUGCAUAGGCUACGUGUUGCCAGGUCUGUCUGACUGUAUAUAAAUACAUACAGGCAUCUUUACAGCAGCAGCAGCAGCAUUAUUACUUAAGAUAUAAAAACCACCCGGGGUAUCCUCCAUCCAGCGGUGGACAACCAGAACCAGAUGUGGCAUUGUAUUUCUGUUUCACAACAACCGUCCCGUGACAUACCGAUGCUGAGGGGGGUGUGGUGUCACGUGGCCCGCUGUUUAAACGGAGGGCUUUAAUAGACUGGAGCUGCACUCACAGAGUCCACCAGAGUCCAGCAUCUAUCCUGCAACACAAGCUGUUCACCUGAAGACAGAGAGGAUGGACGCUGCUUACAAGAGGGUGAAUGGAAACCAUGGGCCAGCGGCAGAGCCAGAGCCUGGGCCAGAGGAGCAGGGGACCAGGAAGAGAAGGGGCUCUAUGUAUUUGGAGGAGGAGACCAACAACAAGUCAGAAGUGAUCUCCUGCAUCUUCUCCCUGAAAGAGGAGGUCGGAGCUUUGGCCAAGUGUCUAAGGCUCUUUGAGGAGAAGGGCAUCAACCUCACGCACAUCGAGUCUCGUCCGUCGCGUAUGAACAAAGAGCAGUUCGAGUUCUUCAUCAGCGCCGACCCCUCCUGCUCCCAGGCCCUGGAUGAAGUCAUCGACUGCCUGCGCACAGAAAUCAGCGGCCAUGUGCAUGAGCUGUCACGCAACAAAGAGAAGGACACAGUGCCGUGGUUCCCCAACGACAUCCAGGACUUGGACCGCUUUGCCAACCAGAUCCUCAGUUACGGCUCGGAGCUGGAAGCUGAUCACCCGGGCUUUACAGAUCCAGUGUACAGAGCCCGCAGGAAGGAGUUUGCCGACAUCGCCUACAACUACAGACAUGGCCAGGUCGUCCCUCGAGUGGAGUACACAGAGGAGGAGAGGACCACAUGGGGCAAAGUGUUCCAGGAGCUGAAGACUCUGUACCCGACUCACGCCUGCCGCGAACACAACCGUGUUUUCCCCCUGCUGGAGAAAUACUGCGGCUACAGGAAGGACAACAUCCCCCAGCUGGAGGACGUCUCCCGCUUCCUGCAGUCGUGCACGGGUUUCCGGCUCCGCCCCGUCGCCGGCCUGCUCUCGUCUCGAGACUUCCUGGCUGGCCUCGCCUUCCGUGUUUUCCACUCGACGCAGUACAUCCGUCACGGCUCCAAGCCCACAUACACACCUGAGCCUGAUAUCUGCCAUGAGCUUCUGGGACACGUGCCUCUGUUUGCUGACCCCAGCUUCGCUCAGUUCUCACAGGAAAUUGGUCUUGCUUCCCUCGGUGCCCCCGAUGAGUACAUUGAGAAACUUGCUACUGUGUACUGGUUCACGGUGGAGUUCGGCCUGUGUAAGCAGGGCUCAGAGAUCAAAGCUUACGGAGCCGGCCUGCUUUCAUCGUUUGGAGAGCUGCAGUACUGCCUCACAGACCAGCCCAAAGUCCUGCCCUUCGACCCCGACAAGACAAGCCUCCAGAAAUACCCAAUCACAGAGUACCAGCCCAUUUACUUUGUGGCGGAGAGCUUUGAGGACGCCAAGGAGAGAGUGAGGAAAUUCGCAGCCACCAUCCCCAGACCUUUCACAGUACGCUACAACCCCUACACCCAGAGCGUGGAGGUGCUGGACAACACCCAGCAGCUCAGCAACCUGGCCGACAGCAUCAGUAGUGAAAUGGGGAAAUUGUGCGAGGCCCUAAAGAAGCUGGAGUAACCGCAGCAGUUUUUUAUCUUCUUUUCAACGAGCAGUUCUUCUGAGCAUGCUCUUAAAUUAGCUUUUCUUUGUAUUAAUAUGAAUAUGCAAGUCAAAUAACGGCGAUCAUGCAGUAAUCCAAUGAGUGUGUUAGAUAAACUGUGUUGCCUGUUUCUUUUGUUGGAUGAUGAGGAAAGUGUGUGUAGCAGCUAGAGAUGUUACUGUUGAUAUAUUAUUACAGUAGAGAUGUUAUUACGAGGCGUGUUUUUAAAAUGAGGAUGUGUGUCGGUUCAAAUUAAAAACCCAAUAUGUGAAUAUCAGAUUGAGCUCCUGAUGUGAAGAACGGCUGAAACAAGCAGUAUUAUAAAGAACAUGAAAACAUGAAGAGAUGAUUUCUGUCACUAACUUUCAUAUCGCUUAAUGAAACGUUUUGUAUGUGCAUGAAAUGUAGAAAUAAAACAAGAAAUAUUU